AUCUAGUAAAAUGAUUGGAAUUGCAACAUUCAUGCAGUAACUGAAAGCUCAGCGAUCAGCGGUUAUUUUACGGGAUAAACUUCAUGAGAAACGAUGAUGGAAUUGUGCGCUCUUCCGACCAAAGUUACGAACCGUUAACGAUGUUCCGGAGUUAAGUGAUUGUGAAAGUCUGUCAGCGAGCCAACAACUGUCGAUCGGCGUGUUUGGACGGCAGGGAGAGCGGCAAUCUUAGGCCCACCCCGGGACCAGCUCGUCAGAAAACCAUGAGCGCCGCCCGGCAGCGCCACCACCACCACCAGCGGCCGGAGAUCCUGUGCCGGACCUGUGGCCAGGUGCACGAGGCCCAGGGCAACCACCUGUACGACUACUGCGAGAGCGUUGACGAGGAGCUGACCUGCCACAUCUGCCUGCAGCCGCUGGUCUCGCCCACCGACACGAUCUGCGGCCACACCUUCUGCGCCCGCUGCAUCCGCAGCACCGUCCGCCUGCACAAGAUGUGCCCCGUGGACCGCAAGCCCCUGACCAGCCAGGACUGCCGGCCGUCCAGUUUCAUCAUCAAGAGAAUGUUGGACAGAUUGCUGGUUGUCUGCCCAAACACCAGCUACUGCAGCGCCACCAUGCCCAGGUGCGAGCUGGAGCCCCACCUGACCAGCCGUUGCCCCGGCAAUGCGGCACACUGUGUCAACGAGUCCCAGGGAUGUACGUGGCAUGGUCCCGCCGAGGCCAAGGAGACGCACGUGUGGGAGUGCCCCUACCGAACCAGGCCAGUCCCAGAAGGAGUCCCGAUAAAGGAUGGCACCCUGACCACGAUAGAGCUGACCAGAAGGAGAGAUGAAGAUUUGGGCAUUAGCAUCGUCGGAGGGAAUGAAACACCUCUGAUUGGUAUCAUCGUCCAAGAAGUUACGGACGGAGGAGUCAUCGCCAAAGAUGGGAGAGUAGCAGCGGGAGAUCAGAUUGUACAGGUCAACGACAUUGAUCUGAAGGACGUCAGUCACCAGAUGGCUCGCAUGGCCCUGCACCGCUGCCGGUCGCCGAUCUGCCUGACGGUGUACCGGGAGAAAGCGGAGAACGCCGGACAGGUGGAGAGCCUCAAGAUCAACCUGAACAAAGUGCCCGGGGUCCCUCUGGGCAUCAAAAUUGCGGCCAGGAGGAAUGACUCCGGCGUGUACGUCGUGGAAGUGCUGGAAGACAGCGUUGCCUGGAGGGACCGACGCCUCAAGCCAGAUGACCGGGUCAUUGAGGUGAAUGGGCAGGACCUGCGGCAGGCCACACCCGACAGGGCUGCCCAGUGUAUUAAGGAUGCUGGGGACAGAAUACGCCUGGUGGUCGUCCGCAUUUCAAGAUCUUCCCCUGAGGCCCAGGAGUUGGAGGCCCUCCACGUCCAAGACUUCCUGAAUGACUUCCCCUCGGAGGCCAUCCCUGUCUCAAGGGAAGCAGCCGCUCUCCGGACACGGCAGGAGAAGAUCAUCAGCAUCAAAAAGGGUAGCAAAGAGAGCCUGGGCAUCAGCGUCAGCGGAGGUCGCGGGGGACCGCGGGGGGACGUCCCUGUCUUUGUCACUAACGUCCAAGCCGACGGCUGCGUGGGGAGACAGGGCCAACUCAAGAAGGGAGACAUAAUCCUGACGGUCAACGGAACCAGUCUGUGGAACCUGUCCCACACUGACGCAGUCAGCGUCCUGAAGGCCAACGCCAACUCCAAAGCAAUCGUGCUGAAGGUGCUGGAGGGAGACAGGGCACUAGAUGGCUCCACUCGGUACUCCCCGUCAUGGCUGACCUGGUUAACUCUUCCUCAGUUUUGCCAAGUCCAGAGCAAAGUCACCCUGGACAAGGAGUCCUCCCCGAGCCUGGGUUUCAGCGUGGUGGGAGGCUGUGACUGUACCCACGGCAACCAGCCCAUCUUUGUCAAGACGCUGGUCCCCAACGGCGCGGCCGGACGCAGCGGACAGCUCAAAUGUGGCGACCAGAUACUGAUGGUGAACAGUGAGUCCCUGAUCAACAUCAACCACACGAGGGCAGUCUCCAUCCUGAAAGCCAUGCAGGGGAAGGUGCAACUGACCGUCGUGUCCUGGCCAGGCACGGCCGUCUGACCCUCGGCUCACCGCCGCACCACCUCACAGACAUUUAUUCUGCACAGCGAUCCAAACGAAUAGCUCCCUGUCACCCACUCCUUUGCACCGAGUUAUUUGCACAUAAGUGGUGUUGGCCCAACACGAGUGUCUACAAGGAACUUUUUCAUGACCAUUCUUCAUCUCACCUGCUCACCUGCUUAGAACCUCGGCACAGGUUGUGUCCGAGACUUCCAAAGCCAGUCUUACAUCUUUUGCCAGUACGCACCUGCCAAUGUAUUGCAGGCAAAGACUCAGACUUUAUUCAAGAUGUGUGAAAUUCUGAAGCUGCCCUCAGUGACGUUUCCACGGUGACCCAAGUGAAGCCUGUAUCCUCUAUAGUGGUUGCGUCUUGCAGACUUUGAGAUAUCUGGGUUGUUAAUAGGCAACCGUGCUCUGGCCGGAAAAUCUGAAAAUCUGAGGAGCAAACGUGGCAGCCCGAGUUGCCUAAUGGACUCCAUGCAUGAACAAAAGAGGGCGCUUUGUAUGCGGUCAACAACCAAUUAGUUCCUUGGGCCAAUACCACACACUUGCUAAGUGCACAUGGCAUAGAGAUUGCACUAUAUCGGUGUGUGCACCUGUAUGGACACACAGCUGCUAAAUGGAAUUCUGAGCAUCAGCAUGACCUUUGAAAACUUUUCUAACAGGUAGGGGGUACUUCUGCACAGAACCGUAAGCCCCGAUGCUCCUUAACUUUCAAUGUUUUUUAAACUCCAAGUGUCCUUUCCAAAGCGUAAAACAUUCCCGCUUCAAAAAACAACAUUACGAUCUACACUUGUGCACCUUGGGAUAUGUGUACAAAAUCUCGUCAACUUUUUAGUACCCAACUAACUGGCUGAUUUGGGCCACGGUGAGUGGUUGAGUGACUUAGUGUCCGAGUAUUUUUUUCAUCCCAUUGUUUAUACAUGCUGCCUUAACUUUUCCGUGUACCUCACCUGCUGGGCUGAACAGAGAUCAUAUAUAGAAAUGGUAGUGCUUAGACACAGUACCAGAAUACAGGGUCUUGGAGUAACACAUAUUUUUUAUAUGGAACUGACUUCCUUUGACAAGGUAGGUUCACGCCAGCGUCGGUUUACUUGUUGUCAGUGUUGCUGUCGAGACCUCUCAAGACCAUUGUACAACCCCUAAGACAGUCACAAGGCCAACAUUGGACUUCGGCCUGAAUUCAAGUGGCACGUUUUUCAAAUGAACUGCAAUAAAUGCGUUCCCUUGCCAUUGUGCACCCUGUUGGUUGCGACUUGUCUCAUGAUGGGUCUCGUGCCUGGUUUUGUGAGUGGUCUUGUGCCUGGUCUUAUGACCGGUCUUGUGACUGGUCUUUUUACUGGUCUUAUGACUAGUCUUGU